AUGUUCGAGAAGCAGGCGCCGCGGCACUUCCUCAGGGAGACCCGCUCGCAGCACCUCCACAGAGAAGAGAACAUGCGGCGGCGCCUAGAGUUGAUGCGCAGGGAGUCGGCGAAGCCGCCCGUGAUGCACUUCGGCACCGCCAGCUCACUGCGGCGGAGCAGCAGCAAGAGCGUUUCCCCUGCGCCACGCUUUGUGUCCCUCGACGCCUCGGCCGAGGCCGAGGCCGAGGCCGAGAAGAAGUCCUCUCGCUCGGCACCGAUGGUGAACUCCGAGCCACGCUCACGCCCGCUGAGCCGCGAGCGCAGCCGUCGCUUGCCCCUUCCGCCGGGCGCAAAGCCGACGACGCGGCGGCCGUCACUCCCACGUUCCAAGUCGUACCGCGGCGUCUCCGCAACUGCCUCGCGUGUGACGUCCCCAGUCCCUGCGGCGCGAACGGCGGAGCCACAUCCGGCGCGUCCGCCGCUGAAGCGCUCACGUUCCACGUCACAGACGGAGAAGGCCAUAAAACUUGCGCGGAUGUCGCACCCGCGAACGCAUGACGCAGCGAUGGAGGAGCGCAGGGCGCCGUUUAUGUGCAGCGGUUCUCCGUCAAAGAGAACUGCUUCACCCCUGAAGCGGUCAGCCUCACGUACGCCCCCACCACUGCCCCUUCCCACAAUGAGAGCGGAUGAAGACGAAAGUGCGAUGCUGGGCUUCACCCCUCCCAACACACAUGUGGACAAGGCGGAGGAGGUGGCGUUCUCAAUCAGUCCCGUUGCGCCCCCGCAGACUGAGACUGUGGAGGGCGGAGAGGUGGGGAAGGUCUCACAGGAGGCAGCCGAGGAGGAGGAGGAGGGGGAGCCCGCUCCUUUUCGCGUGAGUGAGUUUCGCCUGCCUCGUGCGCCGCAGCACCGCUCCAGUGAUGCCGCGAGUCACAUUGUGCUCACGCCCCCACAUCUCCCGCCCUUCCCUCACACUGCGCAGGGGGAAGAACUGCGGGCGACGGAGGAUGUGGUGAGGAGGGAUGAGGAUCCCGCAGCUACACUUGGCGACUCCGCAGAAUCGGAGGUGGUCUCAGAUGUUUCUUCUGCAGCCGCGGUGUCCUUGUCGCAUCACUCACGAGAAAGGGAAAUGGCCUCCGGAGUUCGUUCAGCCACACCCGUUGAUACCAGUGAGAGGGCGGAUGAGGAAGAGAAAGAGGAGGAGGAAGAAGAAGAGGAAACGAGGAAGAAGCUGUGUGAGGAUGUUGCUGUCGCUACUGCUCCAGGUGUUCGGGCUGCCUCUCAAGGAGAAGCUUCUCAGCCUGCCUCAUGCGCCGUGGCUGCUUUCGUGGCGAUGGACGUGGCCGUGGCGAAGGAACCAGUCGCCUUCUCGGCACAAAGCUCGCAUGCGUACGAGUGCAGUUCUACCACGACGGAAUCCCCCGAACGGAACGUGGAAGCAAGUGAGGCUCGUAAGCUUGACUUUGACAGCCACGAUGCCUCUCAGAAGGAAGACAAAGAGCAGGUUCCUCUUGCGAGGCUCACGGCGGAGGAGGUUGCGCCGCCUGUUCCUCCUCCCCAUGCGGAGAGCGAAUCCUUUUCCCAGCCGUUUUACGAUUGCCGCAGUUUCCCCUCCACACCUGGGGUGGAGCUGCCGGAGGCGUAUCGGCUGCUGGAGGCAACGCGCCUGGAGAUGGCGGUUCCCUCCAACUUCCCACGUGCCCCGCGUCGCCUUGGCGACCGCCGCAGCGAGGAAGGCCGUGGCAGUUUGGUCUUGGUGACGGGUGAACUGCCCCUAGCGCAUACGCCGCGGAUUCAGGAACCUCGCACCCCACCGCCGUCGGAGCAUCCAAAAAGAUGCUCCCCCGCACCAAAGCCCCAGCUGAACGCGCCCGAUUCCAACCUCUCAGCGACUCCUCCACUAGCGAAUAAUACGACGUUGCUCUCUCUUGAACGUUCUCCACUGCCACGUCCGGUGACGCUCCGCUCGCAGGUUCGGACGCCCAUACAGUUAUCACAGGCAAAGGUUUCUCUGACACUCUCACAGAGCCCGAGGGAGGAUCACCGCAAGCCGUCUCCCCUCACAUCCCUGGCGGAGACGUUCAACUUCAACGAGGGCCUCGCUGCGGAUGCACCUGAAUGUGAAAAACGGUGUCCGGCUGACGAACGUGCGGUGGAGGCAACCCCGCCGUGCACGUCUGCACGCUGUCGCUCACGCUCCACUGGCAGCCGACGGUCAAUGGUGGAGCGACUCAUGGAGUGUUGCUCACCAGAUGCUCGGAAGGAGGUGGAGCACCUCGUCACCGGAGAGGCGGCCACGCAAACCCCGUCACUGCACCGUGGAAGUGGCCAGCUUUCUGAAGCGCUAACGGACACCUCAUGCAUCUCACAGCGUGUCGCCGCACGUCCACGCAGGCAUUACUACGACUACACAUACUGGGAGCGCUAUCUGCGCGACGCCACGAGGCAAAGUGCGAAGAAAGGGCGAAGAAGAGGCGCAAAGAAGGCAAACAAGGCUGCAAAAAAAUCCGCUUCAGGAGUUGUGCUGGUGGGGUCAGAAGCCCACGUGAGGCGGCUGAGCGUUACUGAGCAAGACGUCGUCGUUCCGCUUGCGGAGUCAACUGCGGCGGCGAAAUCGACAGUUGCCUCGUCUUCGGGGAGGGCAACGGAGGCAGUGCAACGGAACGUCGAUCGGCGCCCAUCACAGUCGCACUCCGGUCACAAGAAGAAGGUGGCCUCAAAGCGUGCGUCGUUGAGGAAGGCCAUGUCGCGAAGAAACCGCGAGCAGAUUGUCCGCCGCCGACGUCGUUCGUCAGGGCGACAGAACAGACGUAAGUAG